AUGGGCAAUAACUCAUCAAGACUGCCAACUUCUGUUCAUGACUUUAAUGUUAAGGACAUCAAGGGCAAUGAUGUGAGUCUCACUACUUACAAGGGCAAGGUUUUACUUAUAGUUAAUGUUGCAUCUCACUGCGGGCUGACUACGUCUAACUAUCAGGAGAUGAAUGAAUUGUAUAUCAAGUUUAAGGACCAAGGGUUUGAAAUAGUGGGCUUCCCAUGUAAUCAGUUUGCUGCACAAGAACCGGGUACUAACGAAGAGAUUGCAGCAAUUGCAUGCACUCGCUUUAAAGCCAACUUUCCUAUAUUUGAUAAGGUUGAUAUGAAUGGUGAUAAUGCAGCCCCUGUCUACAAGUUCCUAAAAUCAUGCAGAGGUGGAAUUUUUGAUGAGAACAUAAGAUGGAACUUCUCCAAGUUUUUGAUUGAUAAGGAUGGAAAUGUAUUUGAUCGAUAUGCACCCAUUACUUCUCCAUUGAAUAUUGAGAAAGACAUCAAGAAGCUGUUGGGAGUUGACUAA